GUCAGUAUCCUCAAAAACACACACACACUACUGAUCCACUAAGGAGCAACGCCGCCGCAGCUCAUGUGAUGGAGGCGCUGCGGAACAGGAACUUCACUUAGCGACUCAAAACAUGCCAACACUCGCUGAUAAACAGAAACCAGAAGUGCUGUAGUAGUUCAGACCGUUAAACAACGAGCUUUCUUAUACUAUACACUCCUGUUCAAGCAGAUGUUUCCGACAUGACAGCGAAAAUAUGGAUAAUUCUGGCCGCGGGUCUCCUGUGUUACCAGGGCGAGUGCCAAGAGGCAGUGCUGCAUGUUUCAAAUGGGUCUCUUAUUAAAGAGUACUGUCUCGUUUACAACUCCUCAUGGUCUAACAUCUCUGACUCUCUCAGCAAUGCUGUGAGGUAUGAGCUGGUGAAUAUGACCCACAGUGUGCUGUGUGAUGAGAGCGGGGUGACACCGGGGUCUCUGGUUGGUAAAGCUGUGGCUGUAAUGAAAGGAAAUUGUACCUUCAGCCAGAAAGCUCAGGUGGCUCAGAAACUCGGAGCGGCUGUACUGCUCAUUGCCGUCAAGGACGCCAUGGUGAGUCGAUUAGCCAACGACACAGAAAUUGAAAAAGUUAACAUUCCUCUAGCUCUGAUGAGAUACCGCGACUUCGCUGAUAUCUACAAGGUGUUUCCAGAGAAGGCGGAGGUGCAGCUCUAUGCUCCACCCAUACCUGCAUUUGAUGUGAGUAUCCUAGUCAUGCUCGCCCUGGCAGUCUUCACCGUAGGCAUGGGCGGGUUCUGGAGUGGAGCUGCGGAGAGAGAGAAGCUGAACGCUGGACCGGUUCUGUCUGGAGGUGAAGAGAGAGCCGACAGUGGUGAUCUGUCACUGUACUCUCCGCUGAAGGUGCUGCUAUUCGUAGUGCUGAUGUGUGGGAUGCUCGUGCUCAUGUACUUUUUUUAUAAGUGGCUUGUGUAUGUGAUCGUCGUCAUAUUUUGCCUGGCCUCGGCUACAGCACUCUACAGCUGCCUUGAUGCCCUCAUGAACGCAAUCGGUUGCGGCAAACUAAGUGUGUCCUGUGGAGAGCGGAGCUGUUCCUUGAGGUCGCUGCUGUUGGCUGCUGUGUGUAUCACUCUGGCGGUGGUGUGGGGUGUCUACCGCAAUGAGGACAGGUGGAUCUGGAUCCUGCAGGAUCUGUUGGGUGUUGCCUUCUGCCUGAACUUCAUGAAGACCAUCACUCUUUCCAACUACAAGAUCUGUGUGAUCCUGCUCUGUCUCCUGCUGGUUUAUGAUGUUUUCUUCGUCUUCAUCACUCCCUUCUUUACACCUAAUGGAGAGAGCAUCAUGGUGCAGGUAGCACUUGGACCUGGUGCUGGAGGAGAGAAGGGUGAUGUGGUGGAGGUCUCUGCCGACCCCUCGCCGGCAUACGAGAAAUUGCCCGUGGUGAUGCGUGUCCCACGCUUUUCAGCCUGGGCACAGAACCUGUGUGGCAUGCAGUUCUCCAUCCUGGGCUAUGGUGACAUCAUUGUUCCAGGUCUGUUGGUGGCAUACUGCCACAGGUUUGACAUGUGGAUCAACAGCUCCAACAGAAUCUACUUCAUCUCCUGCACCAUUGCGUACUGUGUAGGCCUGGUGGUGACGUUUGUGGUGAUGCUGCUGUCCAAAAUGGGGCAGCCGGCUCUGCUGUAUCUUGUGCCGUUCACUCUGAUCACCAGCGCUGUUGUCGCCUGCAGCCGUAAAGAGUUCAGGCAGUUCUGGGCAGGGACCACCUACCAGGUGUUGGAUUCGUCCCGGGAGCCUUUAUUACCAGAUGGAGAGACUACAUAUUCCAGCACAGUGAGGAAGUGCUGAUUUUUGAAUUGAUUUUGUUUUUUCUUUUUAUAUCCUGAUAUUGCCAGACUUUAUCUAUUCACAUAAAAUGAUUAAAAUGUGUGUAUGUUUCUGUUUGUGUGUGUGUGUGUAUGUGUGUGUGUGUGCUUGAGCUAAGGAAAAGUACCACUCAAGCAACUUUCUGACACUGAUUAGCUGAUUAACUGAUUAAUAACAACAAUGAUUAUUAUGAUGAUGAUGAUGAUGAUGAUGAUGAUGAUUAUCAUUCGCACUUUAUUCUCCAGACUGACUCCUUCCCCUCAGAACAGGUCUGUUUAGGGGUUUACUGUACAGUUUAGUUUUUGUGAUUUUGAUUAAUGAUUAAAACAUUAUUUCUGUAAAAGCCUUAAAUUCUCUUUUUAAGAUCAAUAAUCAUUAUGUGCCACAAUAACUCUAUACAUACAAUUACUGUUCUUCACUUCUCUUUGUCCUAAAAAUGCCUUAAAUUAAAGGUGGAGAAAAUAAAAAACAUUCUUACCUUUC